AUUUCUUAUCGUAAUAUUAACAAAAGAAACGAGGCCAUUUUAGAAUCACCACUUUACGAGUCCCCUGGCGGUGUCACAACAUAAACCCUAACAAUUAUCCACCACUGUUAACAACUCGCACACUUCCUACACACCAUGCGAAGCCUCAUUUCUCGGAGUCUGUGCCACGUCAGCGCCGGAAUCGGGAAAACAAUCACCGGCGGCCACACAUCCACCUUCACUCACCGGAGAUGUUAUAUUCCGAUGGUGAUUGAGCACUCAUCUCGAGGAGAAAGAGCUUACGACAUCUUCUCUCGUCUCCUCAAGGAGCGAAUAGUGUACAUAAACGGUCCUAUCUCUGACGACACUUCGCACGUCGUAGUUGCGCAACUGCUUUUCCUUGAAUCGGAGAAUCCGUCCAAGCCGAUUCAUAUGUACAUCAACUCCCCCGGUGGCGCGGUCACAGCAGGUCUUGCAAUAUACGAUACAAUGCAGUAUAUUCGAUCUCCAAUCAGUACAAUAUGCAUUGGUCAAGCUGCUUCAAUGGGUUCCCUUCUCUUAGCUGCUGGUGCAAAGGGUGAGAGGAGGUCUCUUCCUAAUGCCAGAGUUAUGAUUCAUCAGCCAUCAGGUGGGUAUAGUGGACAGGCUAAAGACAUAACCAUUCACACCAAAGAAAUUGUCCGGAUUUGGGAUGCACUAAAUACACUGUAUGUAAAGCAUACAGGACAACCUAUUGAAGUAAUUCAGAAAAACAUGGACCGGGAUUAUUUUAUGACUCCAGAAGAGGCGAAAGAAUUUGGAAUUAUUGAUGAGGUCGUAGAUGAGAGGCCAAUGGCUCUAGUCACUGAUGCUGUUAGGACUGAAGGCAAAGAUAAAACAUCAACUUAAAAAGUUAUUAAGUGGAGUCUGACUAAUUUUUCCUUGGGGCCAUUUGUUCAUUUCGUGGAGAAACUGGGAGCAACGUGAAGCUGUAAAUCUUUCUGCAAUUUAAGUCAAGAAUUUUGCAGUGGCAUAUUUUUAGAUUUUCAUAAAAACAAGCAUGUCAUCAUACUUUGUAUCUUCCUCCAUAGUAUCUUGCCUUCAUUGUUGACCAACUUUACCUCGACAGGGUCUAUAAUUAGAUUGUUGUUUUGAUAGAAAUAUUGUACCAACCUGAACCUGCAUGAGCUACUACAGAGACUAGAUAAAUUCCAAUAAAAAUGGAUGAGGUUUUUGCGUA